ACAGACCAGCCAGCCAGACAGGCCUCAGACAAGUCAGGAUGAGGCUGGGAUUGCAGGUUCUGCUUCUGGAAGCCGACCUCCUGUAAGGCGCCCAUCACAGGGCUUGGGCCACUUACCCAGGAGGCCAAGUAAGACACGGCGUCUUGGCUCGGAAUCUGCGGCUCCAUCAUCCCCACCCAGGCGACAACUUUCGGCAGUGUCACCCCAGCCACCACUGGCACUAUUGGCGAGUUCGCAGAGUGAUGAGCCCCGAUCCCCUCAGUUAUCUGAGCCCAGCUUGAUGGCCGACGUGGACCAGCAGGGACAAGACCAACAGGCAACCAUCACACUGCAACUUACACCUGUUGACCCAAGCCAGCCAAUACAGCUGCAGGAUAUCCCCCAAGCCUCCAUCAGUCCACAACUGGCACAAGCUCCGCCCCCAAGCCAAAUACCAGAUGAUUUUUGGGCCAGUUGGACAAGCCAACAGGCCCAAAGCAAUGCCAGCCUGACCGCACAUACACAACACCUUGCCAGUCUGCCCCAUCAUCUACCGCGUAUUAGUCGCAACUCGGGCAGACUGAUUGUACAAGUAGGGCGAAUGGCAACCUCAAUGGAGCAAAUAAGGGCUGACAACAGCCAAAUGCUUGCUCAUUUAUCGCGCAUCAUAGAUGAGCAACAGCGCCAUCAGCAGGCACUCGUUCAGCUCCUUCAGCACAACCAAGUGGUGAAUGAGUCGUUAUCCAGGAUUGUAGCCAGCCACACUGCAACCAACACUCAGCUGAUUGCAAGCCUUAAUAAUUUGAGCAGCAAUAUUUCAUUGAUGGGAGCUCACCAAGUAACCUCCAGCUCGGGGACCACGACCCCUAUCCAAACGCCAGUAACCUCCCCUGUUCGGUGUUCCUCCAGAGCACGUGCCAGUGAGCCAGCACAAAGCUCAGCACCCAGCACACACAAGCGGAAAAAAUAACCCCAAUGUGAUUGGCAAAAUAAAAAUUUGUAUU